AUGUCACGUGAAACAGUGCGCGAGCACGGGAGUGUCCAAAACUGGAAUGAUAUUGCCCUACUACUACCCGGGCGAACGAACAAGGACUGCCGCAAGCGAUGGUCCAAGGUCCAGAUGGACAUCAGAAAGGGAGCGUGGACACCAGAGGAAGAUGCGCGGCUGCAGCAAGCAGUGCAGCAACUGGGCUUCAACUACCUAGUUCAGAGUCGUAAUGCAGACCAAUGCGCAAAACGAUGGCAACACGUAUUGGGACCCGACUUCAAGCACUCUCCGUGGACCCCUGAAGAAGACAGAAGAUUGCGGGAAGCCAUAGGAAGGUACGGGAAAAACUGGAAGCAGAUCGGCCUUACAGAUCUGCCGGACCGUUCCACUCACGAUAUUCGCAACCGAAGCCUUGUCCUUGGUCGCCGGAGCCGGAAUAGUCUCUCUAAACGAUCUAUUACAACCCAGCAUCCGACACGGUCUUUUAAUGAAAGCAGCUCAAUGACUUACGGAAUGACUUACGGAAUUGACCAGAACAAAGGUGACGAAGAUGCAUGCGAUGAAGGUCCUGAGUGUGAUUACACUGACUCAGCCGGCCUGCAUCAAGCUCAGGAGCCGUCCAGGAUAGCAGCCACACAGCAGGAAUCAACUCUCGACCCAGAGCUCAGAUUUGACUAG